GGCAAGCGCUCGCGCCGAGGAGGUGGGGCUUGGUUUUUUUUCUCUCUCCUGCCGUCGCCGCCGGGGGCGCGGGCGUGAGCUGCUCGCUGAGGUAAGGAGGAGCUUCGGGCUGGAGUGUGAGGAGAGUAGCGGAGGAGGAGGAGGAGGAGGGGAAGCCGAGUCUGUCUGGUGCCACCGCUGACAGUUUCUGGAUGAAGCCCUGAGGGAGCUGGUCAUUAAAGCCAUUAUAUGGGUGUUAAACAAACAAACUGUUUGAUGAAUUGGACUUGCCUACAAUUGCAGUACAGUUUUCAAAAAGGUCUUCAGUAAGAUUUGCGAAGAAUCCUUUAGCAUGAGGACGUUUCUGAAACUGUGCAUAAGAUGGUGAUCAGUUCUAUGGAACUCUGACUUCAGAAUGAAUGCUUGGACCAACUUUAAGCAGUAAUUGGCCUUAAGCUUAGUAGUAAACAUACUAAAGAAACUUCACAGGAAAUCUUCCUAGUUACUUCGCAUAAUAAAUUCAAUCAUGUAUGGGAGUGCUCGAUCAGUUGGUAAAAUUGAGCCAAGCAGCCAAAGUCCUGGGCGUUCACCAAGGCUGCCACGAUCGCCACGACUAGGUCAUCGUCGAACCAAUAGCACCGGAGGAAGUUCUGGUGGCAGUACAGGAGGCGGCAGUGGCAAAACACUUUCUAUGGAAAAUAUCCAGUCCUUAAAUGCUGCCUAUGCCACAUCAGGUCCUAUGUACCUAAGUGACCAUGAGAACGUGGGUUCAGACACGCCUAAAAGCACCAUGACUCUUGGCCGAUCUGGAGGGCGUUUGCCAUAUGGUGUUCGGAUGACUGCUAUGGGCAGCAGCCCCAACAUUGCCAGUAGUGGGGUUGCCAGUGAUACUAUUGCAUUUGGAGAACAUCAUCUGCCUUCUGUGAGUAUGGCAUCCACAGUGCCUCAUUCUCUGCGCCAGGCAAGGGAUAAUACUAUAAUGGACCUACAAACGCAGCUUAAGGAAGUGUUGCGGGAAAAUGAUUUACUGCGAAAGGAUGUAGAAGUGAAAGAAAGUAAACUUAGUUCCUCCAUGAACAGUAUCAAAACAUUCUGGAGUCCUGAGCUGAAGAAAGAAAGAGCAUUGCGGAAAGAUGAAGUGUCCAAAAUAACUAUUUGGAAAGAACAGUAUCGAGUUCUUCAGGAAGAAAAUCAGCAUAUGCAGCUAACAAUUCAAGCUCUUCAGGAUGAGCUUAGGAUCCAGAGGGACCUGAACCAGCUUUUCCAACAGGAUAGCACUAGUAGAUCCAAAGAGCCAUUUAUGACAGAGUUAACAGAGGAGAAUUUCCAGCGGCUACAUGCAGAGCAUGAACGCCAGGCCAAGGAACUCUUCCUGCUACGCAAAACCUUGGAAGAAAUGGAGUUACGCAUUGAAACUCAGAAGCAGACAUUAAAUGCUCGUGAUGAGUCCAUUAAAAAGUUAUUAGAAAUGCUGCAGAGCAAGGGUCUGUCAGCAAAAGCCACAGAGGAGGAUCAUGAGCGCACAAGGCGGUUGGCUGAGGCAGAAAUGCAUGUUCACCAUCUAGAAACCUUACUGGAACAGAAAGAAAAGGAGAACAAUAUGUUAAGGGAGGAGAUGCAUCGUCGCUUGGAAAAUGCUCCUGAUUCUGCCAAGACCAAAGCUUUGCAGACUGUUAUAGAAAUGAAAGACUCAAAGAUUUCUUCCAUGGAGCGUGGACUUCGAGAUUUGGAAGAAGAGAUCCAAAUGUUGAAGUCAAAUGGAGCACUCAGUACAGAGGAACGUGAGGAAGAAAUGAAACAGAUGGAGGUGUAUCGUAGCCAUUCCAAAUUUAUGAAGAAUAAGGUAGAACAACUGAAGGAAGAGCUAAAUGCCAAAGAGGUUCAAGGGGAGGAGCUGAAAAAGAGAGUGACUGAUCUCCAGACUGAGAUUGGUCAGGUGAAGCAGGAAUUGUCACGCAAAGAUACAGAACUGCUGGCCUUACAGACAAAAUUGGAAACUCUCACAAACCAGUUUUCUGAUAGCAAGCAACACAUCGAUGUGCUCAAGGAGUCCCUCACAGCCAAGGAGCAGAGAGCUGCCAUCCUCCAGACAGAGGUGGAUGCUCUUCGAUUACGUCUGGAGGAGAAGGAAACUAUGUUAAAUAAAAAAACUAAGCAAAUUCAAGAGAUUGCUGAAGAAAAGGGAACUCAAGCUGGAGAGAUUCAUGAUCUCAAGGAUAUGCUAGAUGUGAAAGAACGCAAGGUUAAUGUUCUUCAAAAAAAGAUUGAGAAUCUACAAGAGCAGUUGCGGGACAAGGAGAAACAGAUGAGCAGCUUGAAAGAAAGAGUAAAAUCCCUGCAAGCUGACACUACCAACACCGAUACUGCCUUGACCACACUGGAAGAAGCACUUGCAGAGAAAGAGCGUACUAUUGAACGUCUGAAGGAGCAGCGUGAUAGAGAUGAACGAGAAAAACAAGAGGAGAUUGACAACUAUAAAAAAGAUCUAAAGGAUCUGAAAGAGAAAGUCAGCGUCUUACAAGGAGAUCUUUCAGAGAAAGAGACUACUUUGCUGGAUUUGAAGGAACAUGCUUCAUCUUUAGCAUCAUCAGGUCUGAAGAAAGACUCUAGGCUGAAGACACUAGAAAUUGCCUUAGAACAAAAGAAGGAAGAAUGUCUGAAAAUGGAAUCUCAAUUGAAAAAGCAUCCUGAAGUCUUACUGAGUCACCCAUCCAAGCCAGCUCAUGAAGCAGCAUUGGAGGCAAGGGCCAGUCCAGAGACAAGUGACAGACUUCAGCAAUUGGAAAGAGAAGUGGCACGAUACCGGGAAGAAUCAAGUAAAGCCCAAGCGGAAGUCGAUCGUCUGCUAGAAAUCCUUAAGGAGAUGGAAAAUGAGAAGAAUGAUAAGGAUAAGAAGAUAGCAGAACUGGAAAGCCUCACUUCAAGGCAAAUUAAAGAUCAGAACAAAAAAGUAGCGAAUCUGAAACACAAAGAGCAAGUGGAGAAGAAAAAGAGUGCACAGAUGUUGGAAGAAGCAAGGCGGCGGGAAGACAAUCUCAAUGACAGUUCACAGCAGUUACAGGACAAUCUGCGUAAGAAGGAUGAUCGGAUUGAAGAACUGGAAGAAGCACUCAGAGAGAGUGUACAGAUAACUGCAGAGCGGGAAAUGGUGUUAGCUCAAGAAGAGUCAGCCAGGACACAUGCUGAAAAACAGGUAGAAGAGUUAAUGAUGGCUAUGGAGAAAGUCAAGCAAGAGUUGGAAUCUAUGAAAGCGAAGCUGUCUUCUACUCAACAGUCUCUGGCUGAGAAGGAAACCCACUUGACUAACUUACGGGCUGAGAGGAGAAAGCAUUUAGAAGAAGUCCUAGAGAUGAAACAAGAAGCCCUUCUAGCUGCCAUUAGUGAAAAAGAUGCCAACAUUGCUCUGCUGGAGCUGUCGUCCUCCAAGAAGAAAACCCAAGAUGAAGUAGCUGCACUAAAGCGAGAGAAAGACCGUUUGGUGCAACAGCUAAAGCAACAGACUCAAAAUCGCAUGAAAUUGAUGGCAGAUAAUUAUGAUGAUGAUCACCUUAAAUCAUCUCGUUCCAACCAAACUAAUCAUAAACCCUCCCCAGAUCAGAUAAUUCAGCACCUUUUAGAUCUUGACCAGAAUUGCAGCAAGUUGAAGUUGUAUAUUGGACAUUUGACAGCCUUGUGCCAGGACCGGGACCCCCUUAUUCUCCGUGGACUCACCCCACCUGCUUCCUACAACCUGGAUGACAACCAUGCAGCUUGGGAGAAGGAGCUGCAGAAGAUGACUCUGGAGCAGCUUCAUGAUGAACUGGAAAAGGUUGAGAGAGACAGCGCAGAGCUGCAGGAGUUUGCCAAUGCCAUUCUACAGCAGAUAGCUGAUCACUGCCCUGACAUCCUGGAGCAAGUUGUCAAUGCACUUGAAGAGUCAUCAUGACCUAAACCAGUGCUUGCCCCCUACACACACAACAUGGCCGGGGGCCAAGCCCAGUCAGUCCAAGGAGUUGUGGAUGAAGAAGACUAUGAAUGGGGGAGAAAAGAAAAAACUUCCGGUGCACCUUUUUAUUAAAAAAAAAAAGCUAGAUGAACCUAAACUGGUAUCACAGCUUUUCUAGUUGAUUAAAUACUGAAUCAUGCCUGCAUUUAUUUUCUCACUGCCUUGGAAUAUGCCUCCCAGUUUCCCUUCCUAUUGGCUUUGUGAUUUACCUGCUCAGAAAUGUGCUGAUUCUAGGAAGCAUGGAAGUGGCCAUAUGCUGGACACAGUUAGCUCUGGUGUUUCUUGAAAUGGUGACAGGGGAAUAUUUGCCUUUAGUUUCUUUUUCCAAUAGUAAAAAUUUAGCCUAUCUUCAUUUUUGGGAGAAAUUGAGCAAUAGACCUGCUUAGUGACCCACAGCUGACCAACAACAGUGGCUAACCUUGGAUUUUUCUGCCUGUGUCUAUACAGGAUUUUUAUCCUAAAAGUGGACAUUAUUGCAGAGAAGGAGGUAUUUCUUGUCAUCAACUGAAGUCAACAGUAGUGACUUCAAUUAAAGAAGAAUGAGGAAUAUUUUUUUAUUUUCUGUGUUAUUCUGUCUAUUGUAUGCCUCAGUUUUGUUUACCAAACAGGAUAUGAGACAGUGGUGGCUUUUUUCGUUAGCUGUCAUUCUGAACAGUCUGGUCAAUUUCAGCACAGUACUCUAUCUCAAUAUCUUUGAAUAAGAGGAGCCUUAGAGCAUGUAGUGCAAAAGAGUGUCAGAACUUUAUACUUAGUGCAGUAAGAAGAAAAGAUGUAACUUGCUUUCCAAAAUGGUUUGCCACUGUAAUGAUUAUCCAAAUCACAAUAUUUGGUUUUUCCAGGUUAAUUAAUUGAGCUUUCUUUGUUUUGUUGUUGUAGUUUCUUAUUUGAAUAUGCUCAUUCCUGGACUCUGAACCUAAGAUCUGUAAGGCAGGCAUGCUUUCUGGUCCUUUUAUUCUGUUUUUCAGACACUACAAUACAUCCUUUCCUUCAACACAAAACACUGAGACAUUGUAGAAGGUCUCAUUUCACAUUAUUCCCUUCCAAAUGCCUUCCCCCAUGCCUACAAAUCAGAAAAAAAGACCUUGUUAUAUCACUGGCUUUUAAAGAGCAUGGUAGGAAUAUCUAUAGAAUGAAAGGAAAUGUUUAAUGCUACUUAAACAUAAUGCAUCUUUCAACAUAUCUCCAUGGCAGGAGGAAAAGUCCCAUGGUGAUACAUCAGGAGGGGAUGUACAGCAUAAAUAAUUUAGAAGUCUGAACAGUAUUUUUCCUAUUGGUUUGCUUGUGAGAGAUUCACCCUGCCAUUUUAGUUAGCACCUUCAUGCUUUGGAGAUCUGGAGUAAUAGUUUUACAACUGAUGGCAGUAAUAGCCUGUGGCUGGUGCUUUUCAUUAUAAAGGAGGGGGGCCUUGACUGUUCUUGAGGUUGAAAUUGUCUUUACCGGAAGGCAAGUAGACAGUGACUGUACAUAUCACUGAGCAAUACCUUGUAACAGAGCCGCGCCUUCAGCCCUAUUGUUUGAGUCAGCACAUUUUGAUAGGAAUUGCUGUUUUGAAAUCUACCGUUUAGUUUUUACCCUUUCAUUCCUAAUUACUCACUGUAGGAAUUUAAUGCUGCCUGUAAAACUCUCUCAGCCUUCAGGCCUAACAUCUUCCCACCAUCACCACCACCCCUUGACUAUCCUAUUAAGUUAUAUCGUUGAAUCUCCAGCUGCCCUUGUUCCCUGCUGUAAAACAAUCCACUCUCUCUGUGGGAGAAGCUGUGGAAUUUUCCUUAUCUAUGGUUGAAAUGACUGCUGGUUGUAAACCUCUUACUGAGAUCCUCCUUGAUAGUAGGUUUUGUUUUGUUUGCCAGUAGCUGGAAGUAGAGAGGAUUGCUAAUCAGAAAUAGUCACUUGCGGUUGCUGCUUCAUCCCUGUGUUGCAUAUCUACCACACUUUUCCAUGGUAGUAUUUCUGGAGUCUUUAACUCAGCUGCUGUCAUGUGGCUGUGCUUCUUCAAAACCUGAAUAUAGUAUGUGUUAGCAGCAGGAUGACAUUCUCAGAACAUUCUGUAGAGGGCACACUGCAAUGAAAUUGUGAUAAAGCCCAUUGUUUACACCCUAAUUCACUCACAGCAUGGUCUCCGGGGAGGAGUUGGGAUUUGUCAAGCAGAUCCAAUUCCCAGGCUGGCCAUUUGGUCUUUAUCACCUAGCAGCACAUCUGCUGUUUCAAUCCUUUUCAUCCAAACCCGAAUCUGAAAUGUGCCUCUCUUGUGACUCUCUGCUUUUUCCAGGAUCAUACAUAGCUUUUCGACCCAGUUCCAUGAGUUCAGAUCCCACCACACUAAGGCAUGAUGUGAACUUCCAAUAAACUGCUUAUAAAGUGAAAGAGAGAGUACAAACAGAGUUUUAACUUGAGACAGUUAUUUAGCUUUAUUUUUAGUGAACAUUGAUAAUCUCUAUGAUGCUCUUUGGACAAUGAUCCUGUCUUAUUUCAUUUCUAGGAGCUAUGGAGCCUUAAAUACAAGGUGUUGGUCAUGAGCUGUUCUUGAGUACGGCCUGCUUCAACUUGUCUCCUUUAACAGUAGAUUGCAAUGUAGUUGGCUGACUUGUGGAUAUAGUUAACUAUUUCCUUUAUGAGAUGGUAUUAAAUGCACUUGUCCAAAGAGAUGUCUGGUUAUUGCUACAUUAUCAUAGAUCUCAAAAUAUUUUUAUUUCUGCUUCUGCCCCUUUUACCUUCAUUUUUCCAAAUGUCAGUUUUAAAUAUACUCUCUUCCCAUGAAUUCAAAAAUCUCUUGCUUAUACUAGCCUUGUAAAAUGAGAUCUCUUUGCUGGAUUAUAACAAGGCUUAGUUAUAUCUGAUCUCUUCUGUGUUGUUAAAAAAAGUCUCGGAGGCUAUGUAUAAAGAGAGUAGUAUGACUUUUUAAAUUAAUUUGAUAGAAUUCUUAAUAGUACCUUGGGAAAUUGAGAUUAUUUCUUGACAACCUUGCUGGGCAUCCUAAUUGGAUAGUUUAACAAUCCUAAAGCAAUUGCAUUCUCUUUCUAUUCUCAUUAGUCCAGGUUUUUAAAAGCCUAAAAUAAAUGUAACUUCAGCCUCAAAAUUGAAACAGUGACACUAGCUAUCAGUCUUCAAGGAAAACAUUAGGAAGAGAAUCUUCAGAUCAAAUAGCUAUCUAGCGUACAGAGUCUGUUACAGCAAAUUUCUGUGGCCAUUGUUUUCACUCAGAAAUGCCAAACACUCCCUGAAUAUCCCAAACAUCUACCAAAAAGCAGUAGAGAUUCUGGUGACAGAGUAAUGCAUGCCAUCAAAUACCAUGGAUGGAAGGGAAAGACUUACUAAGUCUUGAGUUAGUAAGUUUGUAAGUUUCUAGUGCAUGGAAACGGUUGCAGCAAAUUUUAUAGAAUUGCUAUAUUGUGAGGAAAUGUUAAGCAUCUGUAAUUGUGGGCUUUUUAAUUGAUUCUGAUAUUCAAGGAGUAUUCCAUUUUGGAAACCUAUAUUGGAAAGAAAAUAAUAAUGGAACUCCAGUUUCUGCUGUCUUCUAUUCCUGUACGGACACUAUAGCAUGGGUUCUUGGAGUGACCUUAGUGAAAUGAAAGUGGGACAUAUUUCUAUCAAAGUUCUUGAAAUUAGAAUCUGCUAUGUCAGAUAUUUUAGGAGCAGUGCAAAGCAGAAGGUACUCGAUUUAAUAACACUGCCCUUUUGAAGCUAGAGAAGUGGGGAGUUAAAGGAAAGGGUAGAUUGGGGCUGCCAGGAUUAAUGACAGACUUCUCUUGCCAAUCACUCAGUCUUGUCAGGGCAGCAGGUGCUGUUUUUAUAAUAAAAAAAACUAUUUUUUAACUUUUUUCCAUUGAUAGAAGGAGUUGUUGUCCUUCUGAACAAAAUGGCUGUAUCUACUGACCUUUUUUAAAAAAGAAAAUAAAAGCAUUUCCAAACUUUUUAGUGUCAAAAACGUAAACAUAAAAAUUACUGACUUUUUCCAGUGUGUGUGGCGAGUGUUGGAACCCUGUCUCCAUUGGUAUUUCCUCUUGAAUUUUUCAGACUUUUUUAAAAAAUAUUUUUUUCCGUUUUGUUCUCUGCUUGUCAGUUAUUGUCUGUGUGGUCCUCAGACUGGGACAGUUACCGAUAAUGUGUGUCUGUUGUCUGAUUUAAAAUUUUAAAAAAGAAGUAGAAAUGAAAAAAAAGUUGUGCUUAAAAAUAUAUAAAACUAAAUGUAUUGUCCAAAGGAAUUCAAAAUAUGAAAAGGCAAAGUUCUGGACUCCUCCUCUCAGUUCUAUAAGGAAAUGGAUUUUUAGGUGCAAGAUACCUUUCAGAUGCCUUUGAUGGAUCAAGAAGACCAAACCAGCGUGGCCUUCUUAGGAAUCUAAACUAUUCUUCUCUCAAUACUGUACUACAUGAACUAUUUCUAAAUUAUGGAAAGGGGCAGAAUUAUAAACUCUCCCUCAGUAGCUGCUGCUGUUUUCUGUGGUUGUCCCUGACACUCAAAAACUAAAAAAUUAAGUAGAAAAGAUACAGUGAAGCAUAUUUGCACACACCUUAGUCCCUAUUUUGUACACUUAAAUUUCUCAGUGUGUUGAAAUACACAUUCACUCCGCCAGUACUUUAUCAUGUGGUCAUUCCGUACACAUCCUUUUUUUAAAAAAUUUCACAUUUGUAACUUACAAGAAAGGGCUUGCCAUUCUUUUCUGUACUGUUGGAAUGGAAUAUUUUGCCCAUUGCUGGCCAGCAUAAAUCUGCAUAUCAUAAAUAUAUUUGCUACUGCUAUGAGUCUUGUGUUAAAUUGUUACAUAGGAAAAAAAAAUCUUCCUUAAUUUGGGGAAUGCCUAAACUAAUUUCAGUUAGAAGUUACCAAUUUUUCAGUGCUGGUAUCUGUUUGACUCCAGAUGACAAUGAAACUAUUUUAUCUGAUUUUCUGGUUUCAUAUUCUAAGACUGUAGCUAAACUUAGUUGAUAUCACAAUUUAAUUUGUAUUCUUCCCCAUACAUUCUUGGUCAUUUCAGACCAGACUUUGGUUUAAUUCUGGUUUCACAAGAAACCUCUUAGGUACAUGUCUUCUCUCAUCUAGCCCUUUUCCCACAUUCGGUGAUGAAUUUAAUAUGCUAGAUCCUAAGACUUAUAUUUACCAAAUGUUUGCAUCUUGUUUUAGUUUUGUGCAAGUAAAGGGAAUAAAUCCAGAAGACCCUUCUGUAAUUUGAGAUAACACAAUGCUCAUUUGCUCCUGCCAAAACAGUAUUGUUACCUCUCUCAGAUUCACCUCAUGCUAAAACUAAAAUGCCCAGGUUCUGCUUUGUCAAAUUAUUCACAAAGGCAACUCAGUGGAAUGUCCUAGGGACUGAAAAUUUCAGCUAUUUACAUAUGCAUGUGCCCGCACACACUACAUAUAGAUAGGGAUCUUUUGCUACUUGGAAAGUAAUGUGUUGCACUUUAAUAGAGGAGGAGACAAGCUUUGCAGUUAUAGUCUGGCAUACUUUGAGUUCUUUCUGGAAGGAGCAGCAGUGGGAGGUGAUAGAUGUCUGUAAUGCAAGUGCGCACGCUGCCUUCAACUUGUAUGUGUUUUAUUGAUGGAGUCAUGUUACUGACAAGAUAAUGAAUUGCAAAGAAAUUGUGUUAUAUAUUCAACUUUGCCUUGAUAAUAUAAACACUUUUGUUCAAUUUUUUCCCUUUUUUUAUUCACAGACUACGUUCAUCAGGAAAUUAUAAAGUUGUUUAAAAACUGUA